ACCUGAGGGAGAGAAGGAGGGGUAGCUUACGGAGGUAGCUUACCCCUCCAGGUUGACCCUUUCUUGAUGGACAACCUUACGUUCGCGUUCUUGUAGGGUUUAUUUGAUAGAGUACUGUAGAGUAGAAGGAACUACGUAUACAUACAUUACUUUAUCAUUAUUCUUAUUCUUAUCCUUACCCUUAUUCAAUCCAUUCCCCCCCCACACAAACCUCAAAAAAACGAAUCUCCUCAGCGCAGAAAUCAGAACACCUCGCCUUCUAGUUCUGAUUGUGGAAAACAAGAUGGCGAUGAACGUCGAGGGCAAGACAGCGAUCAUCACAGGCGCAGGAUCAGGGAUCAACUUCGCAUACGCAAAGCUGUUGCUGAGCAAAGAAUGUAAUGUCCUUGUCGCAGAUCUGGCAUUACGACCCGAGGCGGCGGAGGAGUUUGAAAGGUAUCCUUUGAGUGAGGGUGGUGCGAGAGUGGUGUUUCAGAGAACGGAUGUCGCGGAUUGGAAGCAGUUGGAGAAGAUGUUUAAGGUGGCUGUUGAGGAGUUUGGAGGUGCGGAUAUUGUUUGUCCUGGGGCAGGGGUUUAUGAACCUGUAAGUUUCUUUUCUUUUUUUAAAGAAAAUCUAUGAGGAAGAGGGAGGUACUUGUAGAGGAUGGUAGAAGGAGAGGGAAUGCAAUGCUAAUGCAUAAUAUCAGCUGUGGUCAAAUUUCUGGUACGCACCUGGAACCGCACCAUCGAAAGAUGACCCCGCAGCAUCUCGAUACGCCCUCGUUGAUAUCAACAUCACCCACCCCAUCCGCGUAACCCAAAUGGCCAUCGCGCACUUCCUCUCGCAGAAGAAAUCCGGUACCGUGGUCCACGUAACCUCCAUCGGCGGCCAAUGCCCAUACUUCCCCACCCCCAUCUACGUCGCAUCCAAACACGCCAUCAACGGGCUCGUUCGGUCCCUCGCACCGCUCGAAUCACCACCGGCGCAUAUCCCCAAGAUCAGAGUUAAUGCCGUGGCGCCGGCGAGGAUCCUGACGCCGUUGUGGACGGACAAUCCCGAGAAGAUGAAGAUGGUGGGUAAGGAGGGGAAUUGGGUGAUGCCGGACGGUGUGGCGCAGGUGAUGUUGGAUUUGGUACAGAAGGAGGAGUAUGUUGGGGGGAGUAUUGUGGAGAUUGGGAAUCAUGUUAGGAUGGUGACUGCUUUUGAUGAUGCGGGACCGCAGGGCCAUGGGAAUGGGCUGAGUCAUGAUGAAAAUUAUGAUGAAGAGAUUUGGAAGAGUAUGGAGGGGUUGAUGGGAUAGAAGAUAGAGAGGGAGUACGCGAUGGUUCUACUGCAGAGCCCAGGACGGUGAAAAGCAUACGGGGUUUCCCGAAAUGGUGUAAAGUUGUUGACUCCAACAGACGGGAACAGACGGGAUGUUUUCGAGC